AUGCUAAGCUAUCAUAAACUGAAUGUCAUAAUCAUUGUUGUGGUGUGUCUUCUGGUCAACGAUGUUCUGCGAGGACUGUCGGCGGCGCUCAACACUCCGCCCAGAUUUAAGUCGGAAGACUUGGAUGACUUGCAGUCAGAGAUAGUGGUGCGCGUCAAAGAGGGCGAGUCCUCACUUCACAAACAGAUCUACCAUUUGUACGGUGAAGACCCCGAUGGAGAUCAGCUACGGUUUGGUGUAUUGGGAACUAUUGGCUCAGACCUCUUGCGCAUAGAGUCAGUGCCGCCAAAUGAAGCCAAAGUCUAUCUCAAGAAGGAGUUGGACCGAGAAAUUCAAGACUCCUAUACAUUAGUGUUGACACUAACUGAUAGCAAACUUGGAAAAGGAAAUUAUAUCACUAAAUCCUUACUUUUGAUUGUGGAGGACAUCAAUGACAACACACCCAUCUUCAGGCCUUACAGAACAGCUCUGACACUAUCGGAAGCGUCCAAACCUGGGGUUGUUAUCGAGACUAUUGAAGCCUUUGAUUCCGAUGAGGGAAGGGCUGUUGAGGGCGAGCGCCGUACGGCUACCGCAGCCCUCGUUAUACAAGUAGAGGACGCGGAGGACGAGCCGCCNAAAACAAUUAUAGGAAAAGGAGUCAUAAGUUUGGCCUCAAAUUUGGAUUACGAGAGAAAAUCCAUUUAUCAGUUGAAAGUGUUGGCUAUUGAUAGGGCUGUUGAGGGCGAGCGCCGUACGGCUACCGCAGCCCUCGUUAUACAAGUAGAGGACGCGGAGGACGAGCCGCCAGUCUUUACAUUUGUGCCAUCGGUCACCAGAAUUGCCGAAAAUUUGGCCAUUGGUUCGCCGGUUCUUACGGUGACAGCUGUCGAUGGGGACAGAGGUGUCAAUAAUGCCAUUACAUAUCGUAUACUUAAAGGCGAUCAAAAACUAUUUACUAUAAACCAAAACACGGGAGUCGUGUCGGUUGCCGGUCGUCUGGACAGGGAGAGUGCCAUAAACGAUACGAGUGGACAGACAGCCGGCGCCUAUAUACUGGAAAUAGAAGCCACAGAAGUAACUGUCGCUAUGUUUCCGCCGCCGACUGUCACCACCGAAGUGACAAUAAUCCUAAAGGACGUCAACGACGAGAUCCCAAAGUUUACGGCCAAUCAAUAUGUGGCAGAAAUAGCGGAGAACGCGCCCAACGACAUGCCCGUCACUUUCGUUGGCGAUUCUGUGCCCCAUGUCUUCGACUUGGAUCAGGGAAACAACGGCUCAUUUGCUGUGAGUCUCCAAUCGGCGGACAACACAGGACUCGAAGAUGUGUUUUAUGUGACGCCUACUCAUGGCGUCAAUGAGGCCUCCAUUAUGUUGAGAGUCAGGGAUUCACUUCGUCUCGACUACGAGAAAGUCAAACAAAUUCGUCUCAGAAUUAUUGCCACCGAAAAGACCGGUUCCUUAAGUUCAGCCACUAAUGCCAGAAGUAGUUCAUCACAAGUGACGAUCAAUAUUAAGGGUGUGAAACUAGUCCUGAAUAUAAUGCCCAGUCACAGACUUUCGCGUGUCUUCCCGUGUAGUGUAGCCAAAAUCAAUGCCCGAGAUAUCGAUUCAGGAAUCUAUGGGACGGCAGGUAUUCGUUAUACAGACAUCAGAGGAGAAAUGUCUUCUGCCUUGAAUUUGGAUCCAAUUUCGGGAGUCAUAACUGUCAAGACAUCAGAGUAUAAGUUUGAUCGGGAACUGUCGGCUCAACACUUCCUUAUAGUGGAGGCCCGCGAUGCUAACGGUGCCGGCAAUAGAAAUACUGUUCAAUUAGUGUUGAAUAUAACUGAUGUGAACGAUUGUCGGCCCAAAUUCCUUCACGACAAAUACGAGGCCCGGGUCUAUGAAAACAGCCAUAACUUUGAACAGCCCUUACGUAUCACUGCCUUCGACGAGGACGCCAUCGGAACAAAGAAUUCAGAGAUUAGAUACCAAAUACUUCCCACCCAUGAGUCAAACCAAUUGAAUCAAUACUCAAACAAUUUUACAAUUGACGAGAUUUCAGGCCUUUUGAGCAUUAAAGAGCCCCUGGAUUUUGAGUCAAUCCCUGGCCCUAAAAGUGAUUCUCGUAAUAUAACGAUCACAGUUCGCGCCUAUGAUUUGGGUGAACCGCGCCUACACUCCGACACACCAGUCAUUAUCUAUGUCUACGAUCGCAAUGACUUUUCACCGAUAUUCACGAAAAAUUUGUACACAAAGUCCAUACCAGAAGACAUAAGAGACGGGUCUAUGGUAUUGCAAGUGUCGGCGCUGGACGGCGACCACUCGACCAUCAAUUCGCGAAUUUAUUACCGAAUAGUUUCGGGCGCUUUCGACAAAUUCGUAAUCGAUGCCAACGCGGGGGUCAUAUCAGUGGCCGCCGGCGCUAAUUUAGACCCCGAUCGCUCGCAUCCCAAGCAACUCUCAUAUCUGAUUCACGUCAUGGCUCUGGACUCGAGUUUUGGUUCAGAGCAACGGUUUUCCACUGCAAGCGUUAACAUAACUAUAGUUGACGUCAACAAUAAGGCUCCAGAAUUUGGUGACAUUCCGGUGACUGUUGUGCCCGAAGAUGCACCCAAUCAGCACUUUGUGACCAGAGUUACGGCAACCGAUUUGGACGACAAACCAGUCCUUCGAUAUUCUAUAGAUUACGCUCGAAGUGAAGCCCGUAAUGAGUUCGGGGCUACAGUUGACUACAACCUAUUUGUCGACAGCUUUACCAUUAAUCCAUUGGAUGGGACCGUAAGAGUUGUAAAGAUCCUCAACCGUGAACUCUGGGAUCAGAUUAAGCUGUAUGUAGUGGUGGAGGACAUCGCAGCUGCAACUAAAGGACAAAAAGCCAAAGCCAUACUAACCAUACAAAUAUCUGAUGUCAACGACAAUAGACCACAAUUUCUGCAACAUUUAUACCGGGGAAUAAUCACUGAGAACGCUGUGGCGGGCACUCCCAUCCUCACAGUCAAUGCAGACGACGCCGACACUAACAAAUCAGUCAUCUAUUCACUGGAAGGCAGACAAGAAUUACUGCAAUUAAUCAAAAUAAAUCACAAGACCGGAGAAGUGGCUGUUUCUGAACGAAUAGAUAGGGAACGCUAUUCUUGGAUUAACGUGACUGUAAGGGCUACCGAUACCGGUCAGCCCCCACUCACAGGCCUAUCAUUACUGUCAAUACAAGUUCUCGACGAGAAUGACAACAAUCCUGUGUUUGUUGGCGAACAGAGACAGGCGUUUGUGAUCGCAGAGGACGCGCCCAUUGGUUCACUCGUAGCGCAAGUUAACGCUCGCGAUGAGGACUCCGGUGUUUUCGGCAAAAUUACUUAUUUAUUAGAUGCCAGCUCUACGUUUGGAAAGUUUAAGAUCGAUAGGGAAACGGGUGCGAUUGUUGUUUCAAAUGUUUUGAAUCGGGAAGACAUGUCUCAAUACAAGCUGUUGGUCCAAGCGGUUGAUAAUUAUGAUUACGGUUUCCUCACGGGUGAGAGUCGUAAGGCUUUCCACACGAUUACAGUGACGGUGACCGAUGUUAACGACGAAACGCCAACAAUUGUUCCCCAAACGAGUGACUGUGCGGUCGUUAAUGAGUUUCAUCCCAUUAGAGAUAUGAUUACUUAUGUGACAGCCAUUGAUGGCGAUGACGCUAAUACUCCGAAUGGGAAAGUCGUGUUUGCUAUAAUCGAUGGCAAUGAGGACCGGCUGUUUGACUUUGAACUGUCGCCUCCAAACGCCGCCAAACUUAUAAGUCGAUUCUCAUUACGAGGUCGAGUCGGCAACUAUACGUUGACGGUGAAGGCAUCAGAUGGUGGUCAGCCCCAACUCUCCUCCACAGCCAAAGUUCAUAUUUGUGUGACUGAUGUGAAUGAUCACAACCCGGUGUUUGUGAAGCCGCCCUCCAAUAUAACCAUAAGAAUAGCAGAGAACGCAACCAUUGGAUCCACUGUUGUCGAAGUGAAAGCCACCGAUGAGGACACGGGUGUGAACGCUGUCGUCAGAUAUAAGUUGAGACAAUUGCCAAACAAUCACUGGAAGUCAUUCGCCAUUAACGAUGUGACGGGUGUUAUAACUGUAGCCAAACAGUUGGAUAGAGAGGCGCAGAGAGUUCAUGAACUUCGAGUUCAGGCCUACGACAUGGGCGAACCCACCUCCCUGUCCACUGAUUUAGAUUUGACUAUUUUGGUCGCAAAUGUCGAUGACUUUGAACCAGAGUUCACUCAAGACGUCUUCCAAGUGGUCUUUACUGAGAAUACUCUUCCAGAAAUAGAAAAAUACAAAUUAUUGCCGACAAUAGACAAAGACGACUACGACCUCAUAGACCCUGCGGUGGGCUUUAAGUCAAUCCCCUGUUAUUACAUCGUUGGCGGUGAUGGAGACGAUCGGUUCCGAUUGAAUACAUUCACUCACGAACUGACGACAACUCAAUCGUUAGACCGCGAACUCAAAGACAACUACACUCUUAUAGUUCAGGCGACCAAUGAUUGCUUCAAAGUUCCGCCGAAUAUCACUCACUUCGACAAUAAAGACAAUUCACUUCUUCAAGUGUUGAUAGGAGUACGCGAUGUGAACGACAACUCACCCAAAAUGACCAAAAAGGUGUUCACUGGAGGCUUCACUACUGAUAUUGACUUCGGAACUGUUUUAAUGGAAGUCAAAGCUGUGGACAAAGACAUGGGCGCCAACUCUGUCGUCAAUUACUAUAUCAUAUCAGAAGUGCGACAAACUUUGACCGAAGGUUUAGACACAUUAAGCGCCGAACCAUUUGUUAUAAACCGAAUUACGGGUGAAAUUAGUCUCAACUUUGAUCCGCAAAAGGAUAUGAAGGGAUACUUCGAGUUCGAUGUGUUGGCCAACGACACCGACGGACUCGCAGACAGCGCCACAGUUUUUAUAUACUUAUUAAGAGAUGACCAAAGAGUCAGAUUUAUUCUACGAUUGACUCCACAAGAGUUGAGAGAAAAGUUGGAAAAGUUUAGGGAUGUGUUGGCCAACAUAACCGGCGCCACCGUUAAUAUCGAUAGCUAUAAGAUUCAUGAGAAUAGAGACGGUUCUGUUGAUCAGAAAAAAACUGAUUUAUACUUACAUUUUGUGAAUCGUGAAGACAAUAGUAUUCUCGAAGUAAAUGAUGUUUUAUCUCUAAUCGAUAAAAAUAUUGAAUAUUUGGACGAAUUAUACAAAGAAUUCAAUGUUUUGGUCACUGAACCGACACAGAGUUUGGAGUAUUUCUUGGAAUGGGAGGACCAGUUGAAGGCAUGUUUGUUAGGGACGACAGCCUUUUUGACCCUUCUUUUAGUUUUAGUUAUCUGUUUGUGUCUGAACCAGAAGUCACGAUAUGAGCGACAACUGAAAGCGGCGACCGUUCCUGUGUUUGGCGGCGAAAGUCAAUUGACUCGAAGUAAUGUCCCGAACACUAACCAACACGCGAGUGAGGGAUCCAACCCUAUGUGGAUGACUGGGUAUGACAACCGGUGGUACGACAAGGAUGAGGAACAGAUCAGCAACAGAUCGAGUGGUGAUAAUUCGUUGGACGAGAACGCAAUCGCCAGCCAUUCGCCUGACGACUCACUCGAUGGUAGCGCUGGUCGGGAGUCUGGGGGCUCCUCCGCCUCCACCACCACUAAUGACAAGCAGGCCCUCUGCAGGGGGUUGGCUGUGGGUCGGGUCACCCCUCAGAAUAUAACACUCCCGCAGAAUAUCAAUCACAUCACUAUUAGUCAUAAUAAUAAGAAUAAUAAUAAUAUAAAUAUAGUGAAGAAAUUAGCGCCAAAACCGCCUCAAAAGCCACCGAAUAGUGUUGCGGUCGGCGCUAAACAGGUGAUGAGCGCCAGUAGUCACGCCCGACACCAAUCACACCCAAAGCUGAGCACAAAUGGUGUCAUAUCUAAACCAAUUGCUGCAUCCAAUCAAAGAAGUUUGACCACAUUCUUCAUGUACUGGUUCUUCACAUUACCGACCGGCGAGUAA